GCCGCGUGUGUGGGGUGUUAGAAGAAAAUGAUGACUGCCAUGGCUAGGUUGCCUUGCAAGCAAACUUCGUCUUCGCAGCAGCCGCGGGUCAAUAACUUCGGUAACUCCUAUUGGAACAUGCAGACCAGGCAUCCGGCACCUCCGUACGUCAGGAAUCAUCAGCGUCACACUGAUCACACUGGCAAAAGACGCAAUAAAGUACAUAUGCUCCAGGAGACGAAGGCGUUCUACGUGAAGAGCGAGACUGUUCUGGACCGGAAGCAGGAGCUGAAGAACAGCGGUCAUCUUCAGGUGUCGCAGCUGAGCGCGCCGAGCGCACCACCCAGGCUGUUGAGAAAAUGCGGGAACGCGUCGAGCUGCUCGAUGCAACCGACCUCACCGUCACAGCUGCCACCUGCUUCGAUGACGCCACCCUGUUGCUGGGCAUCGUGCCACGAGCAGGACAGGCCGGACGGGAUUCUGAGUCCUCAACAAACACUGCCACCCGCACUGCCACCGAAGAGCCCGCGUCUGGUUCCUGUUCCACAGCGGCGGACGAUCUCAGGGCCGCCAAGCAGCACCGGUGGUGAUCAGCUGCAGACGAAAUUACGCCGGCUGCUGAACACCGAUAGCAAGGAGAACGUCUUUUUCCCCGACAGCCCGACGCAGACGGUCGUGCAGUCGAACGGCGUGCCCCAAGAGGAGAAAUUCCGAUACUCGCCGGGAAGCCUGUCGCCCAGUUUUCGCGACGACGAGCGUGCAAAGCAUUGUCCGCAACAAGAUGUCCGCUUCAAGUUCGGCCGUAGCAAUUCGCACUCGCACACGUCCGGGCGAACCGGAAGGAAGUCGAUCAGCUCGCCGUCGGUGGAGAACACCGUGUGUCACAAAUCUUUGCCUGACCUCCAUACGAGCACGCGACGGCGGGCGUCCCUGUCGCCACGUGCGUCGACCAACUCGUCGAAGCCAUCCGGGCAUCAUCAAUCGUCGAGUAAUUGCCCGGAUUGUGAAACAAGCUCGGACUAUUCGGAGCACAGUUUUAAAAGGGAUGCAGUCUGUUAUCGCAGUUCCAGACAUAUUAGACGUUCGUUAGGUUCAGGUGGCUGCGACACCAGUAGCGUGUUAUCAGCCGGUGGUCGGACGCAAAAGUCAUCAGGUUCCAGUAAAUUAAGCCACGGAGCGACCGCGAGAGAUUCCGGUGGAUCGUCGGGGCAUUGUACACCUCGCAGUGAACCUCCGCCAGUAAUACAGGAUUGCUGGAGUCAUAUACGUCGUGACAGCGGUGCAUCUACUCAACACUCGACGGAAAAAGAUCGUUCAAGAAGAGGUAGUUACGCUAACGGUACCCCACCAUCUGUUGUAAGACGCUACAGUCCUGAGUCUGAGAGCAGCAACAGUCAGACGGAUUAUAGUCCGACGUGCAAUUCGAGGUUUUCCGAUGGCUGGAAAGAGGGCCGUGGCCGACCAAUACUGAGAUCAAAAUCAGAUAUUAGCGACCGUUAUUGGCGCCAGGACAAUGGUCGAUCCAACAAAGUACCUGCUCGACCUCCACGGUCGAUCACUCAGCUCGAGAAUUUUUUCGACUGUUUGGGUCUCGAUUCGGAUAAUUAUCAGCGUAUCACAAAGCCGGAUUCGAAGUCGUCGUCACCUGUAUUUUUCGAUAGCGUUAGCUCGGUCGACUCGGCGUUAGGUCUUUACUCGUGGGCUGCAAAUAACCAAACGAAUCAGGGUAGUCAAUGGCAGAACAAUGAUUGCAGCGUCGGUAUGGGUAACGACGAUUCCAAUCAGAGGGUCAGCGAUCCACCGAGCAUUGUGGAGCGUAAUGCUCGGAUAAUAAAAUGGCUCUGUCAGUGCCGAAAAGUGCAGUUUGGGUUUAGCUAAGCAACGAGGUUUAGGGAAGAGAGGACAAUCGAUUCUCCAGUCUCAGUAACAUGCAUUCAAGUCAACGAAAGUAGAGUUUUAUCAUCUUGCC